AUGCCCCACCGCAGGAAGUCGAGAGCUCACAGUCGCUAUCUCACCGCCUACGAUGAAUUUCACGGUGUAGCCCCUCGUCUCAACCGUCUCCCUCAGAGGCUCGACUACACGCUCAUCCCCGCCCCGUUGGACCUCAGCAAGCCUUUGGUUGACGAAAAGUCUGAACUCCCUGCCAUCAUCGUGACCCCGUCUUCCCCCGUCUUCGAGAGCAAGUUCUUCAUCGCAUUCAUCGCACCUCCGCCAAGCCCUACUUUUUCACAGCGCUUGAGCUCCCUGGUACCGUCGUUCCGCUCGGGCCGCAUCCGCACGAUCAUCCUCCUUUUCCUCCUCCUGUUCAUCAUGGCAUCCCACGUCGUGAUUCAUCGCAUCGCGACCAACCACCCUCAUCUUCAGUUCGGAAUCAUUCCUGACAACGAUAUCGACGUCUCUUCCCUCUCCCACACUGGUAACAUGGACGUCUUCGGCGUUGGUGGAAGAGCGGAUGCCCAAGAUACGACCGAGGAGCCUUCGACCGCCGGAUUUUGGAACCUUCGCGCAUUGUGGGCCCCCACCGGCGCGACUAGCUCGCGUUCAUUCAUCGUUGUGGAGGAACUCGCGCCCAAGGAGGGCAAUGAUAACGAUACACCCAAGGAGGAGGUCCGCCCUGAGGUCGCCGCAUAG